CGUAUUUGGAAAAUGAUGGAAAUAGACGAACCUAAUGAGCCUGGGAUUGUGGAAGACGACGAUGAUGCUCUCUGGUCUAUCGACGAUGAUACACUGUUUCAGCCGUGUGGUCUAAUAAGUCACUCUUCAUCCAGCAACAACAAAACAAAGACUGUUUUCGUCACAUGGAACGAGUAUUAUCUGCUGAAUUAUCGCUUUAAGAGAUCGAAGAAAACAAACAGAAUGGAAAUGACGAAAGUACGCAUUCCAUUGCCCAAGGGUAAUCAUCUGCGUAGCAUUCACAUGCUGGAGUACAACACCCUGUUGCUAAUGUCGGACGGACGAGUUCAUUGUUUUGGCUCCAUCAAAUCGCUGCACCUAAUCUCCUGGCUGAAGGGUGUGCGUGCAUUUGCGCGAACUCAUGAAGGAUUCAGCGUGAUACGCCACGACGAGGAUACGCAGCAGUUGCUGUUGCAGGUCUACGUUGAUUUACCCAGUCUGAGCAAGGGAGAGACCACCCUGCAGAACUGCUACGACAUAACCUACGAUGAGCAGAAUAUAUUCCAAUGCGAUUGGCAGAACGAUUCCUAUACACUGCUAACGAUAACUGUUGCCAAACAGCAUGAGCAAUUCAUGCAGUGCCUCUUUGGCGCAGUGGCAAAGCAGAUACAUAUAUUCAGUAUUGCGGGCCACGUAUUUGUGCUAACGCCACGGGAUGAAGAUGCAGUUGACGAUGCGAAUGCGGAUGCGGAGUCGGAGCAGGCAUACCACAUUGAGCUUCUAUGUAUAUAUCCCACAUCUGUUAAGUUUAUGCAUUUGCUGCCCUCACAUAAUCUAUGCUUGGUUUACCUGAGCUGCGGCAGCGUGGACAUUUGGUACAUGUCCCAAUUACUGGGCAUAAAACAGCGCCAAAUGUACUACACCGGCAGCGAGUGGUUGGACUUCGAUGUCACCAGCGAGAACGGCGACUUCUAUUAUACAGAUGGGGAGCAGUUAGUGCGCUUGAGAUUUCAAUAUGAUGCCGUGCUAGAUGAUUGCCAGGUGCAACGCUGUGUCAAGCCAGUGCCCGGCAUGCAAGCUUGCACCUGGGUGCAACACAUUGAGCAGCUGGUGUGCCUUAGCGACAAUAACAUUUUCUAUCGGAUCGCAUUUAGCGUUGAGCAAGUGGCAGAUGAAGAUGUAAGCGCGCUAAGCGAUCUAACGCCGGCAGCCAUGGAGCAACUGCGUUGUAAUGCACAAGUUCUGCAGCAAUACGAGCGGCAGCCAGCUGAGCUUCUGGCAGCCAUACAGCGUGAGCACGAAAAACAACAGCUUGUGGCCGUUGCACGCAAUGAAACUAGCUUCGAGAGUAGUUUGGAGGCAACGUUGGAGUUUCGUAGACAAGUGCCUGUCUUUGGAGCUGAGUCACUGCUGUUGUAUACAUCCCGAGUGACGCAACUUGAUAGCAAUAACAUAUAUGCCAUAUUGCAAUUGACAUUCCGCAGUAGUCAAAAACUGCUUCACAGUAGCCACUGGCAAUUGCUCGUUUACCAUGGCCAUGAUGCCCACGUCCACCGUGUGCCCACGGAGUUGCUGUUGAGCCGCAAUUGUAGAAUUAUAAUACCGCUUAAUAAAGCGUUCCAGGAGCGUUUGCCUAAGUUUGAGGUUAAACUCGUGGCGUUUCUGGAGCUGCAUGCACAAAUCAGUGCCAUCUUACUGCCAUUGAAGUUGAAGGAGCACAGCAAUACAUAUCGGGCGCUAUUCAGUGGACAACUUUACUCCCUAAAUCUGUAUAACAAACAGCAAUUGCCAGACAUGCUUGCCAAACCAAGCGCAACGAAAAUAAAACCGAAAAUGAAACAGAAAAUAACAGCGCCUGGUAGCCUUAAUUUAGAGCAAAUCGCUGAAAUUUGCAAUGCAAGUGCGAGGAUUGAAAAUGAGCUAGAUUUGUACUUUAUUGACAGUAAGCUGAGCAUUGCAGGCAGCGUGAAGGAUAACAAAACAGUUUUAACUCUACAAAGUGAAGAUGUUACUGCACUAUAUCAUUUUAAGCAACAUUUAUUUUUAAAUGUGGAUCCUGAAUAUGAUCACACAGCGCCAGAUGAAGCUGCUCGGCUAAAAGUAAUGAAGCUUCAGCAAGAAAUUGAACGAUUUUAUGGCAGUCAAUAUGCUGAUAAGGAGUUUGAAGCUAAUCCCGAAAUACAUUUAGAAUCGUUGUUACUUAAAUAUAAUACACUACGUAAUACUGUUUUUUAAAUAUUCUAGUCUUUUAAAUUACGAUCAUUUUCGCGCGUAUAUUAAAUUUACACAGUGGCGCCAU